GGUUUGACAAUAAGAUGGCGGGCGGGGGGAGGCGGGGCCGGCUGGCCCCGCCCGUCCCUCAGGCGCGGCGCGGGCGGUGAGGCGGGAGCCGAGCGGGAGUUCCUGCGCGGGCGUGCGCCGGCGACAGUAGUGGCGAGGCGAGCUUUGGUUUCUUCCCACGGUUCUUAGAAAAGCCAGUGUUGAGUGGAGAGGAUUAGAGUGGUAGAGGGGAGAUACGGCCCCUUCUUGCCUUCCCGUGCUAACCAUCAUCACUGUACUUACGGCCGUACAAAAAGCAGCACUGUGCUUCACUGAACCUCCAGCACUGGCCUAGGUGGUGCUGUCACUUUUACUGCAUGGACUCUUGCUCAGUAGCAUGGGAGAAGAGGAAGAACUGCAUCAAACACAAUUCCUGAGGUUAAGCAUGCCAGUAGAAACUCAGGAGGAGCGAGGAGAAACUGCCUCUGCAGUAGGGGAAUUGCAGCCGGUGAGAUGUUUGCUUCUGUGCGAGGCAGCGGCUCCUGACUUGCAUCAAGUGCGGAGCUCAGUGGGAGCCAGGAGCUGGGAGCCCCUGCCUCUCUCCGAUGCCAUGCCUUGUGGACCUGCUCACCCUGGUUCCCGAAUGUCGCCUUUGGGACCCGGUCCACAUGUUCCUGACCCCUGUUGUACCACACUGGCCAUUCUAGAACAUGGACACAAUGUUUAUGCGAGGAUUAAAGAGAAAAUGUUUUGAUGGUGAAGAAGAUAUUGAAGGCACUCUGGCUGGCAUUAAGGCUAUUCCUUCCUAUAAUCUCCAGCGGCAGUCACUUCUAGAUAUGUCCUUGGUUAAACUUCAGCUGUGUCACAUGCUGGUGGAACCCAACCUUUGUCGUUCGGUACUUAUCGCCAACACGGUACGGCAGAUCCAAGAGGAAAUGACUCAAGACGGGACUUGGCAGAUGAUAAAUACACAGAGCACAGGGCAGGCAUCCCUGGACCGUCUUGUUUCAACAGAUAUCCUCUGUCGUUCAUCUAGGGAUCAAGCUGAGGGAAAGCAUGGUCCAGCCUAUGGUACUUUCAAUAAAGACUUUGAGAGUGACCAGGCACAAGAUAGUUCAGAAACUAUGUCAACAGCCUCUGCAGUGCAAGCACCAAGAAACCUGCAGAGCAACGUGUGGGAAAUGGAGAGUCCACAAGAAAAUAAAGGAAACUUUCAAAAAUCUUUAGAUCAAAUAUUUGAGACACUGGAGAAUAAAAGUCCUAAUACUGUCGAAGAUCUGUUUUCAGAAGUUGACAAUUCUUAUUAUGAUCUUGAUACUAUGUUAACUGGCAUGAUGAGCAACACAAAAAUGGGACACUGUGAUAGCCUUGAAACAUUUUCUUCUCCAGCAAAUACAGCUUCUAACUCUAACUGUAAAUCUGAUCUUAAUGACCUUGAUCAUAUUGUGGAAAUCCUUGUUGAAUCCUGAACCUCCUUGUGUGGAGGUAAAGAUCUGUUAAUGGGAAGAAAAGACUCAGGAAAGCAAUUUCCACAGUUUGUUUGAUCAAAUCUGCACGAGUAUUUUACAAAUAUCUAUAUAUUACAUAGAUACAUAUAUUAAGAAGCACUUCAUAUUGCGAAAUAGUGUUAACUCUUAAAGUUAACCUGCAACUUGUAGUGUAAUAAUCUGAUUUAUUGUCCACUGAACUGUAAGUACAUAUGGUAAAUGUUUCUACAUCAGGGGUCCAAGGCUCUUGAAAUUGGCUUCCUUUUACCAACUUGUUUUAGCCUUUGAUGGAGGAUAUCCUCAGGGAGAGGGAUUCUCUUAUCUUCUUACACUUCUCCCAUAAAAAUGGUAAUAAACAGAGAGAGAAGUUGGAUAACUGGUUUCCUGUUACCCUCCAGUUUCCACUUUGUUACACCACAAAACUCCUAUCAUACCUGCUGCUUCUAAGUCCCUACAUGGCUCUUAAAGAGCAGUAUGCAAUACUUCUUGUAAUCCUUAGUAGCUUCUUCUGGGUUUUGCUACAAUUUUUACUUCAAAAAUAGUUUUAAAGUGUUUAUUGGUGUUUAGAUUUUUCCAGGUAUUUUCCUAAAAUAUAUUUUUUACUACAGAUGUUAUGUCAGCUGCUAACUUAGUAACUUUUGAUCAUAUCUGCAGUUGAUGUAUUUUUUGCAAGAUUUUCAAAAAGGGAUGUUUUUUACCAUGAGCUACCCAAUGUAGUUCAGUAAAGUGUAUGUAAAUGUAAAUAUACAAUUUUAUACUUUGCAUUAAAAUGUAAGAGCUGUUUUCAUGAUUCUGUUUUAUAGAGUAGUACUUUACUAAAUUGAGAAUUGUACAUUUAUGCUUUUCAUACCCCACAUAUUUGAGUAUCAUUAUAGGAAGAUCUUUGAUCUAGCUAGACACAAUUACAUUUAAUUCAUUUCAGACCAUACUUUUUUGUUAACUACAAACCUAAAUGAUGCAGGUUUUUAUUUAUGUGUAUUUAUAUGUAAAUGUCAUCAAGUGAAUUGUUUAUCAUUGAAGUCUGCCAUCAAAUAUUUGUUUAUAUGGGAUAACUAUCUUGCACUAAUUACUACAAAAAGUGUUAUUAGCGGCCUUUAAGUCUCACUGGUUGGUAUGUCAUGAUGUCUUGUCAUAAUUAAUAUGCUCCACUCUUACCAAGGGUUUCCUCUUGGCUUUUUUUAAUAACAAAAAAUGUAAUACAA